ACCAAUGACUCGAAUUUAUUUUUAAGGCAAAAGUUAAUUAUGAUUCUUUAAUACUUAAAAUAAUAAUUGGUAAAAGGUUUGCAUUUUACAACAAAAAAUCUGUGAGCUGAUCAUUGAUUUUAUGGGUGUUGGUGAAGAAAUUGAAUAAUUAACUAAAAAUGGAUCUAAUCAAUAAUGAUAAGUUUAUUAAUGUAACCGUGAUAUGUCCCGACCAAAACGAAAUUCCAUUCCAAAUGAGACCGAAUGUGCAAAUGGGAAGAUUAAUGAAUUUGUUUCUCCGAAGAGAAUGUUUGGAAAAUAUUGACUUUUUAGUAUUUUAUCACAAAGGAAGGCGAAUCCGCUCAACUGAUACUCCAAUAACAUUAUCCCUUUCUGAUGGUGAUAAAAUAAAGACACAUAUUCCUGAACCAGACCAUGAUGACUAUGAUAGUGACUGUGUUUACUUAUCAGAAUAGAAUUUCUAAGACAAUAUUGAUGAUGUUUGAUUUUAUUUAACGAACUGAAUAUGAUGUAUGUAAGAAUACAAGGCUAGGUGUAAAUGUAGGUAAAUAAUUAAAAUUUAAAAUUUAUAAUUGUUUUAUGUAUAGAUAAUUGGAUUAUGAUGUUUCACAUGUAGAAGACAUUUUAUAAUAUAAGCAAUAAGACCCUAA